CACUGCAACUACCAGUAGCCACUCGGCAACUCCCCUCCCACGCGCUCUCUAGGUGCAGUCGUGCCGGCGCGAUGGCCGCACCUUUUUUGCUCGUCGUCUCUGGGGGUGCUGCAGCGGGCGGCGAGGACGAGGCGGGGCUGCCCCUGCUCGAGCUCCGAGGCAUCGAUGACCAGGGCCGUGGGCGCGCGUCAGUCGCGGCGGAGGAGCCGCUGCUCAUCGCCGACAUCUCCACUCACGACGACGAGCCGGGCCAAGUGCCCCUGGUUGAGUUUCGAGGCAUCAACGACUUCGGCCCUGCGCACACGUCCUUCGCGCCGGAGGAGCCGGUGUUCAUGGCUGCUGAUGUCGCCGCUGACGAGGAUGAGGAUGGCGAAGAGCCCCUGCUAAGUCAUCGGCGCCUCAGGUCGUGGGCAUGACUCUGCACUAAAAGAGUGCGACAGAGGGUAGUUGCG